GAUAUCAUGGCGUUUUGGGCCCGACAAGACUAUUAAUUUGCAGUGAAUUUGACGGAUACCAGUACACCGGCACUCGUAGCUCUUAGGAUCCUGGGCAGGCUUUUGGGUGUUACUUGGUGGUAUAAUGAUGAAACGUUUUGGAGAGAGAUAUUCGGAUUCGGGUGAGACAGGUGCGCAACUGAACCCGAUUAUGAACUCGGAAGUAAGUGCUUUCCCCUUCAUGAUGAUGGUUAUCGAGUUCAAUAUGUUCGUGUUUUUACUGAUUCAUAGCAAGAUUUAUGGGGCUGAGCAUGCUUACAAGUCCUUUAACGUUCGUAGAUCUACUACUAUUCACAGUAGUCCCCAUAAUCGAACUCCCGCGGUAUGUAUUAGUUUACGGUAUCCAAGAACAGUUACGUCAAACACCGUUGCAUCCUUUGUUCUUGAACGGUUCGAACUUGAAGAGAAGAAGAAAAGCAAUCAAGUUAAUCCGCGUGCCGUUGGAUAGUUUUUGUUCCUAUUAUUUGCUAUGGGCUCCCUCAUUCCCACUUCCCAAUAAUCGUCUCCACCGAGGCUACAUCUCACGAUACGGACGGGA